AUGACCCCUGCCAGACCAAUAACAACUGUACAACUUCGGCAAUUUACAGACAGAGAUGAACAACUGGCAACUGUCAGGCAUUAUGUGUUGAGAGGAUGGCCGAGAGAAGUAGACUCCGAGCUUCGACAUUACUGGAAUCGCCGGCACGAGCUAAGUGUCUUGGGCGGUUGUGUAUUGUGGGGGUCGCGAGUCAUUAUACCUCAGAAGGCGUGGCCGAGGGUGUUGGAGAAAUUACAUGUGGCUCACCCGGGGGUAUCUAGAAUGAAAAGCCUAGCAAGAAGCUACAUUUGGUGGCCGGGAUUGGAUGCUGAUAUAGAAAAGAUAGCAAAAUCUUGCGGGACAUGCCAAGAGCAUCAGCGAUCACCACCAAAAGCGCCUCUUCACUCUUGGGCACAGCCAGAACGUGCGUGGUCGAGAUUACAUAUCGACUUUGAUGGGCCAUUCUUGGGGCGGUGGUUCGUUAUACUGUCAGAUGCGUACUCUAAAUGGUUGGAAGUAAAACCACUGAGUUCCCCCGCAACUGGACCUACCAUUCAGGUGCUACAGUCUAUUUUUGCGACCCACGGACUACCUGAAAUCAUUGAUAAUGGCUUGGCCUUUACGAGUCAGGAAUUUGGAGACUUCAUGAAGAGCAAAGGAAUUGUGCAUAUUACAACUGCACCCUACUACCCGUCCUCUACUGGGCUGGCUGAGAGGGCGGUUCAAACAUUCAAGGAAGCCAUGAAGCGAAUGUAA